AAGAUUAUCAGAAAAUCAACCGCAUGAGACAGACUGUAGCCUCUACUUUCAAUGUAAAAACGGAAUUGCAAGCAUAGAAAAGUGUCCUGCAGGCAUGUUAUUUAAUAGAAUAAUGAAACAAUGCUACAGAGAAGAUUGGGUUCAUUGUGACCACAGAAAGAGACCAGAAAUUGGAGUAACUUAUGAUCCAACUGCAACAGAGAAACCAAUCGAGGAACUGUGCAAAGAAGAAGACGGUGACUUCCAUCAUCCUAAAGACUGUAGGUUAUAUUACACUUGUAGGGAUGGCGAAUCUGAGCUCAAUGAAUGCCCAGUUGGUAUGCUAUUUGAUAACGCCAUGAGAGCUUGUUUCGAUGAAAAUAGAGUUAAUUGUGGCAAGCGAUACAGACCUCAAACCACUACUGCAACACCGGAUGACUGCGAUGAAUGGUUACGAACUUUGAAUACAACUGUCGGGACUGUAGCUACUUCACCAGGAUCAGAAACAGUAAGUCCGAUUGACAAACAAACUGGAGGUACUGAUUCCACGGAUUCCAGAAGUUCUUCAAGUACUGAUGAAGACAAGAAUCGGAGUACUCAAAUAGACGAUCACAGUAAAGAUUCGAGCAGUACAGAAAGCAUUCAAAGCACUACAAAUGAACCUGGAGAUGAUAAAUCAUCAAAUACUGCGACUGAUUUAGAGUGGUUCAGUACAGAAUCAUCAAAAUUUAUUACAGGAAGCUGGAAAAGCACCUCAACUGAAGCUGAAACCAGUGGAGAAACUGAUGAAAAGACAGUGUCAUCUUUUUCUACUCUCAGUACCAUACAAGAAGAUUUUAAGACACAAACAGUAAGCGAUGAAGCAGGUUAUAGUACUUUUGGGCUAAAGAGCACGACUAGGACAAAAGACGAUGGUACCAGUGAUAAGAAUAUUUUUACCUCUCCUGCUGAUAAAAAUGAAAACAAUAGAAUAACAGGAGAUGAUGUAAGUACUAUUAGCUCACUAAAUACUCAAGAUGAUAAAACAGGGACUGAUACUGCCUCAACUAAACCGUCGGAUAAUCCAGAAAAUACAAAAAUUUCAACUGAAGACGACGUAAGUAAUAAAGGUACAACAAAUGAUAGAAGAAUAACAUCUAGUGAACCUGAGAUUGGCAGCACAUCUGAUAAAAAUUUGGAAAAAACAAAAAUUGAAAUAAUACCAACUACAGAAACAGGCAGUGUGAUCACGGAACAAACAAAAUCAUCUGGUAUUCCAAGAACUGGAAGUCCUGUAACAAGUACGAACACUGAUUCUGAAUUCAAAACAAGCGAAAUACCUCAGAAUACUGGAACAACUAGCACUGCAGAAGGCAGAACAGAUAUCAGUCUUGAAACAAAAGAUGAUACAGGAGCAUCCACUGCAGUGAGUACUGACAGCGGAAAAGGAAAAGAAAUCAUACCUACAGGAGAAGGUACACCACCUUCUGGCGUCACAGAUGAAAAAACAGGCACAGAUAGUGCUAGUACGAUAACACUGGACUACAAUUUUACAGAUGAAAGCACUCCUACAACUCAUCACACAACACAACAUCCUUGUUUAACACAUACUCACAGCACUGAAAAACCAACAGUACCCCCUAAGACGAAAUGUGAAAAGGAUGAUAUUGAUUGCAUAACGAAAGAAACUGGUGAUGUAGAAAAGUGGUAUAAAUGUCCUAAAAGACAAGGAAACUUUCCACAUCCAAGCACUGAUCGUCUUUUCAUAUACUGUAGAAACUGGAAACCUCGCAUUAAGAGAUGCGCAAAAGAUCUUGUAUUUUCACCAGCGUAUAUGAGAUGCAUUCGACCAUAAUUUCAAAAGAACCAAAUUGAGGAACUUGUAAAUUUUCCUAUUUUUCACACAAAUCCAUUGUAAUCAUUAAUGUAUCAGUAUUGCAGCGUUCUGUAAAUAAAUAUUUAUACAAAGCUACAA